GUGAGGACAUACCAGGCCUGUAUAGUUAAACAGGCAGAAUAGAAACCUUGUAUUAAGGAAGCGAAUAACUUACUGGAUAAGACGUAAGAUAACAUUAAUUUCAUACACAAAUUAAACCCGUAUGAGGUUAACAGAGCGGCUGUGGUGUGUUGUCGCUAGAGGCUGCGUAAAUUAUUCAAAAUAUAACGUUCUUUCACGAUUUUUGGCGCGAGCGUUCGAUCAUUCGUCGCUCGCGGGACAGUUUACGCACCAGUAGCGCAUCUGUGGCCAAUGCCACCAAAGAAAAAUCUUUAAGAUUCAGCGGAAUACAAAAGCAGGCCAGGACGAGUACGCUAGCCACGUCGCGUGCACUAGAGUGGUUAGCUGUCACAAGGAUCUCCAUUGGUCUUGAUGCUUGGUUUUGACUUAAAAUCAACGAAGAUCAAGAGACGAAAUGUCAGAUACGAGUAAAGAAGUGGUGGAUCUGGUGUGGGGCAGACCCAGUGGCGGAGGAGUGCCUGCAUCCCUCUUCCGCAGGUGGUCUCAAGGCUUUGUGUUCACUGAGGCUGAGCGCUCUGCACUGGAGCAGUUUGAAGGCGGUCCGUGUGCUGUCAUUGCACCUGUACAGGCUUUCCUGUUGAAGAACGUUCUGUUUAACACUGAAGGCUCAAACUGGAAAGAUAUUUCAGAGGAAGAGCAGCGGACGGUCCUGUGCUCCACCCUCAGUGAGAUUCUGGAGUCAGCCUCCCUCAAUAAGACACAGGCAUUUCACCUGGCCACCUGGCCUCGUGAUAAAACCACAGACGGCCACCCAGAGCCCGAGUCCAGCCAAACUACUGACACACCAACUGCUUUGGCUGCUGAGGAGCUUGGCUUUGAGAGGUUUCACAGCGUCAUCCAGAAGAGGACUCUCAGGACUGUUGCGGAGCUGAGAGAGGCUGUGUUGUCACUGUACGACACCUGGAAAAACAAAUUCGGAGUUCUGCUUUUCCUGUACUCUGUCAUACUUACAAAGGGGAUUGAGAACAUAAAGAAUGAGAUCGAAGACACCUCUGAACCUCUGAUUGACCCUGUGUAUGGCCAUGGCAGCCAAAGUCUAAUCAACCUGCUGGUCACAGGUCAUGCCGUGUCUAACGUGUGGGACGGUGAUAGAGAAUGUUCUGGAAUGAAGCUUCAUGGCAUCCAUCAGCACGCCUCUGUUGGCUUCCUCACACUAAUGGAGUCACUGCGCUAUUGCAAGGUUGGCUCUUUCCUCAAAUCUCCAAAAUUCCCUAUUUGGAUCCUUGGCAGCGAGACUCAUCUCUCAGUAUUUUUCACUAAGGAGAUGGCUUUGGUUGCCCCCGAGUCCCCAUCGGAGCAGGCCAGACGAGUAUUCCAGACCUUUGAUCCAGAAGAUAAUGGGUUCAUUCCAGACACGCUGCUUGAAGAUGUUAUGAAAGCCUUGGAUCUCGUCUCCGAGCCAGACUAUGUGAAUCUCAUGAAGAGUAAGCUGGAUCCAGAGGGAUUGGGUAUUAUUCUGUUGGGUCAGUUUCUGCUGGAGUUCUUUCCUGGUCAGGAUUCCGUGAUCCCAGACUCAUUUCCUGUGUAUCACUAUAAUGGCCUGAAGCAGUCUAACCACAAUGAGAAGGUGAGUUAUGUCGAGGGCACUGCUUUGGUCAUGGGUUUUGAGGACCCCAUGGUACGUACAGACGACACUCCAGUCAAGCGCUGUCUACAGACCAAAUGGCCCUACAUCGAGCUUCUGUGGACCACAGAAAGGUCACCCUCCCUAAAUUAACCGUUAUCUCUCACCUUUCACCUGCCAACCUCUGGCUGCACAGCCCGCUGACUUCAGGAACGCUCGUAGGACUCCUCACUCUCUCGGCACUACAUUUAGAAAGGCCAACACGGGGCCUGAAGUUCAAAUGAGAGACGAUGCUGUUCGCCUGGCGCUCACACAACGCCUAUUGUUUGCUUUUUACACAUCUCAACCGGCUUGAUUAUAAGACUGUUUUUGUGUUUAAAGCCCUGGAUUUGAACAGAUUAUUUGGGGUGUGAGGGGGGUCAUCUGUUGUGUAUACCAAAUGUAUUUGCUUUUGCAGGUGUUCAUAUUAUUUUUGUCAACUUUGUACAUGAUUUUGUUUACUUGUCUGAAAUGAUAAAUCUUUGAAUUAGCA